AAGUAGACUUAAUUUUUCGUGAAGAGUACCAUUUAACGGGUGCAAAUGUCACUGAGUUGUAAAAGGAUUGCGAAAUCAUUGUAUACUCGUCUUAAACCCUAAGCCAUCCGCUACCUCGUGGUGCUCAGCUCAGCCGUUGUUCCCCUGUCACCGCCGAGCUCCGUCUUCAUAGCUUCCUUGCAGAGUCCAGCCGAAGCUGUACUGUUUCUUUUUGUAAAAAAUUUAUCAGGAAUUAUCGCGAGAUUAUCGAAUCCUAUUUGUUCGCAUUCUUCUUUGAAUGGCAUUUGUUGCUAGAGCCUCGUUAAAUACCAGCUACACAACUUGGAGAGAACACAUUAAUCUGCUAAAUCCGUGCUCUGAGUUGAGAAUUGAGAAAACGUUUGGUAAUCGAUUAAGUAGCAGAACUCCCAUUCCGCGAAAAUCUCUUGUUGCAGUGGCGAGCAACUCAGUGCAAUCUGUCGCGCUGGUGCCUCCGGUUCAGCCGAGUCAUGUUGGAACAUCGAUAAUGGUGAAUGGUUGUACAGGGAAAAUGGGGCGGGCUGUGCUCGAAGCCGCCAUGGCUGCUGGGCUUAACCCGGUUCCUGUAGCGUUAGGCGGUCCUGAAGAUGUUGGGAAAAUAUUGGAUUUCAGUGGGACACAGAUUGAAAUUCACGGUCCCUCUGACAGAGAAUCUAUCUUAUCUUCGACGUAUAAGGAUUACCCGGACUUGAUUGUAGUGGACUACACAGUGCCAGCUGCUGUGAAUGAUAAUGCUGCCCUUUAUUGCAAAGUCGGGGUACCCUUUGUAAUGGGAACUACUGGAGGAGACAGGGAGCUUUUGUAUAAAACUGUGGGCGACUCGAAAGUUUAUGCUGUGAUAUCUCCCCAAAUGGGUAAACAGGUGGUAGCAUUUCUCGCAGCCAUGGAAAUUAUGGCAGAACAAUUUCCUGGUGCCUUUUCUGGGUAUGAUCUACAGGUAAUGGAGUCUCAUCAAGCUAGCAAGUUGGAUGUUUCUGGAACUGCUAAGGCUGUCAUCUCAUGUUUCCAGAAACUGGGGGCCGAAUUUGAGGAAGAGCAGGUGCAACUAAUAAGGGACCCUAAGUUACAAGUUCAGAUGGUGGGUGUCCCUGAAGAAUACUUGGCUGGUCAUGCAUUCCACAUGUAUCACCUAACAUCACCUGAUGGAACUGUCUCCUUUGAGUUUCAGCACAACGUAUGUGGUAGAUCAAUCUAUGCAGAGGGUACUGUUGAUGCUAUUCUAUUCCUAGCCAAGAAGGUGAGAUCAAAAGCUGACAAACGGAUUUAUGAUAUGAUUGAUGUUCUCCGUGAGGGUAAUAUGAGAUAAAAUAGUUCGUCAGGUUUUUGUAGUUUCUUUCUCAUGAAAUAGUAUGACAAUGGAGCUUUUGUUGAAGGAAUUAUUUGUCGGCUUUCA